GGGCUUUUGGUGGGACAGCAAGGUACAGCCAACUCGCUGAAUCUCAUCUCAUUCUAUUGGCUUCUGAGCCCUGUCUGCUAAAGGUACAGCCAGCCAAUCAGUGAAUUGUUUUAUAUUGUUGCCGUGGCUCUGAGAUCUGCCUGGUGCUGUGAAGAAAACGUCUUCCUUCUGAGCCCAUCUUCCAGUCCCCACUCUGUCACUUUUUACAUGACUAGGACUGUCACUGCUCUCCAUUAAGCCAUCUGCCUGUCACAGCCUAUUAUCACCACCUCAUCUACAAUUCACACCUCAUAAUUGGCUGUCGCUGUUCUCUGUCUGAUUCCUAAUUGGACGUCAGCCAUUAACCUCCUCCCUGACUGGCUCCCUGGAUUAUCUUUGAUUUUUGACCUCUGCCACAGCCAACUACGACUACGGCGAGGUGAGAAUGGAGCAGGUGUAUGCGUCAGGGAUGGCCGCCAAGUUGCGGAGCCAGUGGGACCGGGACGAGGGUCUGGGCCAGAACCACAAUGCAGUCAAGUUCCAGGGACAGGACUUUGAGUCGCUGAGGGCCCGGUGCCUCCAGAGCCGCAGCCUGUUUGAGGACAGCCUGUUCCCCUGCGCCGCCUCCUCUCUGGGGUUCAAUGAGUUGGGACCACGCUCCUCCAAGACCCAGGGAGUACGCUGGAUGAGACCUACGGUGAGAUGAUACUGCGGCUAGGACUGCCUGUUCCUUAUACUUACUGAGCCUCUUGUAGUUUAACCCGAGCAUAUUACCUGACCAGGAAAAACUCACCUACUGAACCUAGACCGUAUCUGAACCUUACUGAGAUGAAUCUUAGUCCUGAUCCUUAAAGGCGCCCUAUAAGUAUUAUAUAAGACUAAAGACUAUUCUCAGAUGACUCGUGUGACGUGCCUGUCUAUCCUAAUGCUCUUCACACUCCGUCUCUCCUCAUUCUCUUCCAUAAUGCAUCUCCUCCAGCACCUCGCCCCUCAGAACUGUAUUAUUGACAUCCCUGGAGAGAACAAACACCGUACUGCGCUUCUCUGCAGCUCAAAAUGCGGAAAGAGCUUUUCAUAGCUUAGCUAACUAGCUCUCACGCUGUUCUGUGUUGAGUUAACUGUGGAUGAGGGAUGGUUGGGAGGCGGAGAGAGUAGAUGCAUUACUCUAUAGUUUAGCAGGAAUGUCUCAUCCAAAGAGUUAUUGUUUUUAUAAUAUAUUCUAUGAGUCACUUGUGUGAUUGAUGAGGACUCCGUUCGCCAUGACAACAAGGAUGACAGGGAUUACCAGUGCUGCAGUGUCAACACUGUGGUGAAAUAAAAAAGUGAAAUGUCGGCCUACCUGUCACUGCUGUGUGUGUAUGUGCAUGUUUGUGAGCAACAACAACCUUGCAUAUCUUACCUCUCUCUUUGUUCUCUCUCCCCAUCUCUCUCCCCCUCUCUCUUUCUUUUUACAGGAGAUCUGUACCCGUCCCCAGUUUAUAGUGGAUGGAGCCACUCGCACUGAUAUCUGCCAGGGAGCUUUAGGUGAGUGAGUGAGUGAGUGAGAGAGAGAGAGAGAUUUUAUUUGAUUUGUGUGUGAUUAGGAUGCUGCCUUUUGGUAAGCUCAGAGAUUUGAUUGCUAUCUUGGUACUCUUGUGUUGUGUUUUCCUCUAAACACUGUAGGGGAUGCAUAAUGUAUACUCUGCUCUGCUUUCUCACAUCUUUAAACAAAUGAACAACCUCCCUCUGGCUGACAUGCACUGGUACUAUACCACCUCUACAGUAAACAUAGGAAAGGUAUACAUGUUGCCUGGUACUGUAUCACAUACUAAACACUGAGCUGAAUGGUUGAUUUGAAAGUCUUCUCAUCGCUUGGUACUGAAUAAAAUGCUGAGUUAACUGGGAGAGAGCUGCCUACCUCUCUUAAAUAUGGGGCAUGCCAAGCCCAGAAAGAGGAAGUGGCGUGCUCAACUCUAAAGUGUUUAGUAGCAAAAAGUAUUUGGGUGCCGGAUUCAAAAGGCAUACAUCCGAGAAAAGGAAAAAACCUGCACUCACUGGAAUAUUCUUUAAGUUUGAAUGUAUUUUUAGCAGUAGCAGACAGCCUUGGUCAGCGUUUGGAUAACAAUAGGCAUUCACCCAUAUUUAUAGAUGACGUCACAUUGUAGUACUGCUUCUUUCAUUUUUCACAGUCAUUAUUAACAUUCAUUACUUAUAUACAUUAUUUGCAUACAUUUUCUACUGUUUUCCACAAGAACUUCAAAAUAACAGGAAGCAACCUAACAGAACAGCAUGCCGAACCCAACCAUGGUGUCUCCUGUGGGCUUUUGAGCCUAUGCCUCUACCCUGCAUGGGCAUUGUAUUAUAUAGCCUCUUCUCUUAGAGUUACGGUAGGUCUAGUGAUUGAAUCAGCAUAGGUCCAGACAGUUCAAAUUCAAACACACUCCUUGGAGGUUUCAUAGCGUCAGGAUGAAGUGUGUGUUAACAGAUGCUCUGAACCCUCUCUCUUUACGGUUUCCUUAUGAGGUGCAUUCAAGGUUUCACCACUUAAGCCUGAAGUGCUCCGUUCCCACAGCAGUGAGGAACAGACUGCAGUAUCUAUCUGUAAUGAAUAAGUCAUGUGUAAGAUGACAUGUUGUUGUCAGUUAGCUUCACCUAGCCUUGAGGCUAGAAAUUAUUCAAAAGAAGAACAGUUGGGAACUUUUGAAGAGAUGAAUGAUGAACAGGGCCAGGAGUUUUUCCUUACCGUGUUACUAGAUCAGGAAAAACUCUUGGCGUUACUUGUAUGCUAUGACUAGCGGCCAGAGUAUUUCCAGGCGGUCAGAAAAAACUCAAACGACUAAGGGACUGAUACAAUGCAUUGAUAUCAUUAACACAGUCUACCUAUGACUGAUGUAAUAUUUUGUGUGUGUGCCUGCUUGUGUACGUGUGUGUGUGUGCGUGUGUGUGUGUGUGUGUGUGUGUGUGUGUGUUUCAGGUGACUGCUGGUUGCUGGCAGCCAUAGCCUCGUUGACUCUGAACGACAACCUUCUCCACAGAGUGGUGCCUCAUGGUCAGGACUUUGGAGGCCAGUACACUGGCAUCUUCCACUUCCAGGUCAUCACACACUCACUUCCUGUUUCUGAUUUGACCAUCUAUACGAUAAUAUACAGUACCAGUCAAAAGUUUGGACACACCUACUCAUUCCAGGGUUUUUCUUUAUUUGAACUAUUUUCAACAUUGUAGAAUAAUAGUGAAGACAUCAAAACAAUGGAAUAACAUAUAUGGAAUCAUGUAGUAACCAAAAAAGUGUUAAACAAAUCAAAAUAUAUUUUAUAUUUGAGAUUCUUCAAAGCAGCCACCCUUUGCCUUGAUGACAGCUUUUCACACUCUUGGCAUUCUCUCAACCAGCUUCAUGAGGUAGUCACCUGGAAUGCAUUUCAAUGAACAGGUGUGCCUUAUUAAAAGUUAAUUUGUGGAAUUUAUUUCAUUCUUAAUGAGUUUGAGCCAAUCAGUUGUGUUGUGACAAGGUAGGGUGGGUAUACAGAAGAUAGCCCUAUUUGGUAAAAGACCAAGUCCAUAUUAUGUCAAGAACAGCUCAAAUAAGCAAAGAGAAAUGACAGUGCAUUAUUACUUUAAGAUAUGAAGGUCAGUCAAUCCGGAAAAUUUCAAGAACUUUGAAAGUUUCUUCAAGUGCAGUCAUAAAAACCAUCAAGCACUAUGAUGAAACUGGCUCUCAUGAGGACCACCACAGGAAAGGAAGACCCAGUUACCUCUGCUGCAGAGGAUAAAUUCAUUAGAGUUACCAGCCUCAGAAAUUGCAGCCCAAAUAAAUGCUUCACAGAGUUGAAGUAACAGACACAUCUCAACAUCAACUGUGUGAAUCAGGCCUUCAUUACAUUUUUGUCAUUUAGCAGACGCUCUUAUCCAGAGCGACUUACAGUUAGUGAGUGCAUACAUUAUUUUUUUCAUACUGGCCCCCCGUGGGAAUCAAACCCACAACCCUGGCGUUGCAAACGCCAUGCUCUACCAACUGAGCUACAUCCCUGCCGGCCAUUCCCUCCCCUACCCUGGACGACGCUGGGCCAAUUGUGCGCCGCCCCAUGGGUCUCCCGGUCGCGGCCGGCUACGACAGAGCCUGGAUUCGAACCAGGAUCUCUAGUUGCACAGCUAGCACUGCGAUACAGUGCCUUAGACCACUGCGCCACUCGGAAGACCUUGGUCGAAUUGCUGCAAAGAAACCACUACUAAAGGACACCAAUAGUAAGAAGAGACUUGCUUGGGCCAAGAAACACGAGCAAUGGACAUUAGACCGGUGGAAAUCUGUCCUUUUGGUCUGAUGAGUCCAAAUUUGAGAUAUUUGUUUCCAACCUCUGUGUCUUUGUGAGACACAGAGUAGGUGAACGGAUAAUCUCUGCAUGUGUGGUUCCCACCGUGAAGCAUGGAGGAGGAGGUGUGAUGGUGUGGGGGUGCUUUGCUGGUGACACUGUCAAGGAUUUAUUUAGAAUUCAAGGCACACUUAACCAACAUGGCAACUGACCAAGAGGGAUAGUGAUGGAGUGCUGCAUCAGAUGACCUGGCCUCCACAAUCACCCGACCUCAGGCCAAUUAAGAUGGUUUGGGAUGAGUUGGACAGCAGAGUGAAGGAAAAGCAGCCAACAAGUGCUCAGCAUAUGUGGGAACUCCUUCAAGACUGUUGCAAAAGCAUUCCAGGUGAAGCUGGUUGAGAGAAUGACAAGAGUGUGCAAAGCUGUCAUCAAGGCAAAGGGUGGCUACUUUGAAGAAUCUCAAAUCUCAAAUAUAUUUUGAUUUGUUUAACACUUUUUUGGUUACUACAUGAUUCCAUAUGUGUUAUUUCAUAGUUUUGAUGUCUUCACUAUUAUUCUACAAUGUAGAAAAUAGUAAAAAUAAAGAAAAACCCUGAAAUGAGUAGGUGUGUCCAAACUUUUGACUGGUAGUGUAUAAUAAUAUACAGGUGCCACAUACCGGCGAUAUUCCCGUGAGCUUCACCCUCUAAACUGCUCAUUGGGCGCAGCACUGCGGCUGCCCUCUGCUCCAGCAUCUCCAACCUAAUGUGUGUUUGUGUGUGUGUAUUUCGGGGGGGGGGGUGGGGGGGCAAGCUUCCUGCUUUUGCCAGGCCUUAUCACGAUGACCUUUGCAUUGUACACAAAACCAAUCCUCUGACACAGAGACACACCUAUCAAUCUCUGUAUAGGACUCAGCUCUGGGACCUUAAAGCAGCACCACAGUUGCCCUCUAAAUGGACGUCCCCAUGCAUGGGCGACCAGGUGGACGUUACACAUGAUUAACCCGUGUGUGUGCCCACUGUAGCGGCCCUCACUUUCACUCAGCCUUCCUCUCACUGAACCCUUUGAUGGCAGCCACAUGCCCACAUUAAUAGAGUCAGACUCAGCUGGGGGCCAGGGUGCCAGGACAGAGAUGGAGAGACACACACAGAGACGUGAGCCAAUACGGAGCCUGCUAGCAUAGUGCUGACCACUGUCCACUGCCCAGUCAUUCAGAGUAACCAUUACUGCUGCUACACUGAGCAGCAGGCAGCCAAGCUAAAUACAGCACACCCAUCAUCAACACAUGCAUUAAUGCAAACACAGUACUAUAACAAUUGCAUACCACACAGAAGUACACUACUAACACACUAAAAUAGCCUUUUUCUCUGUGGGGACCCGGUGAAAGUGGGUCCCCACUUGUCAGAAUUGUACUUGUUAUACUAUCCACAAAGAUAGUAAAACCAAGAACAAACACUGUCUAAACCCAAUAAUACAGUGUUCUUUUGAGAUCCUGUGCCAGAUCUCAUAAGCCUGGGUGACUCAUCCUCCCAAAUGUAAUUGGAUGUUCUUAUUGGUUUAACCAGACAAAAGGGGAGCUGUGCUGUGCUGCACUGCAGACUCUGGGAAUGCAGUAGGUAGCUUAGCUAGGCGCAGAGAUGAGCUGUGAGACUAAACAAAUCCUGUAUUUUAAAACAGACUACAGUAUGCCUAUAAUUUUCAGUUUUGAAAUCUCUAGGUUCUUGAUAUUCUUAUCAGAAAUUGAAAGGGUAAAUGAACUGCGCAGUUUAAGUACUGCGGCUCUAAGACAGAUUACACUCACUCAAGCUCGCUACACAGAUGUAGUUAUUUGGUUUACUUUCCUUGUAGCCAGCACUGGUGUGUUUAUAUCAGAUAUUGUUGUGAUAAUGUUGGGGUCAAUUUCAGUUCAAUUCUCCUGUCCGUUGAACUGGAAUGCAAUUCAGUUCCCAAAUUGAUUGGAGUUUAUAUGGAACAGACCCCAACUCUGCUAAAUAGAUACUGUAAGAUAUAGUUAUGAUAGGGUCGAAUCUUAACUUCCACCUACGUCAAAUUUUGACAUCAAUGUAGGAUUUGCCCCAUAAAGGCUAACAGAGUAGACAGUGGCUCAUAGUUUGGUUCCCCCUCUGUGUGUGUUGGUGGGGUAGGGGGUGUUGUGAUACUUCUGUGUCAACCCAGCCGGUCGGAUGAUCCUGUUCUGCGGUCGACCGUACUCUGUGACCCGACCGCACAGUCCCAGCAGUCCCUUUAGCCUUGCAGAGCAUGCAAAAUUAACCAUACAUCACUCUCUGUCUCACACACACACACACACAAAAUAACAGCUCAGCUGUGGCUCUCUGCUGUAAUAAUGUAAUGUAAUGUAAUAUGCCAUUUAGCAGACGCUUUUAUCCAAAGCGACUUACAGUCAUGCGUGCAUACAUUUUUUGUGUAUGGGUGGUCCCGGGGAUCGAACCCACUACCUUGACGUUACAAGCGCCGUGCUCUACCAGCUGAGCUACAGAGGACUGCUCUACAUCUCCUCCCCUUGCCACUGUUUGGGAGUCACGAGUCAGAACAGUGUGAAUCUAAUUAGGUGUCAUUGUAACUGCUGGUUUUGAAGCUUGAGAAAAAUGACUUUAGUAUUGUUACAUUUGUGUAUCCCAGAGCCAUAUACCUAAAACUCUAUAUAAUGUUCUGGUGUCCUUGAUGUGAUUUGGUGGUGGUGGAGUUAUAUUGCCUUGCCGUAGGUCUGCAUCAGUCAACUACAUGCAGCUGAGGAGAAUGGUACAUACAUUAUUGGACAGCCUGUAUUUCUCCUUUUUGAAAGCAUACUAACAUCACAGUGGUGUAGGCAGGAUACAUGGAGCCCCUGAAUAAUGGAAGGAGUAUUCACAGCGUGAUUGCUCAAGAUCUGGCCAUAAAUUCCUGUGGUUGUUAACUCAGUCUUAGUUCCUCCCUCUUCGCUGUUGAGCCCUAUGAUGAGAUUGUUCUAAUGCCACCUCUGCCCCUUGGUGGUCAUUGGAUGUAAGUGACUAAACACUCCGCUCUGGUUAGAGGUUACCCCUAGGCACAGUUCUGGGAUCAGCUCACCCUCACCAUUAGAGGGGAAAUCAGAGCUUGUCUGGAUAAGAGCGUCUGCUAAAUGACUGAAAUGUCAAAUGUAAAUGUCUUCAAUGUAUUCGAUCUAGGUGCUUGUGCAAAGUAAGGCAGUAAAUGUUAAACUGACCUUAAAUCAGUGCUUAGCUGCAUCUCACUUCAUCCUAUCCCUAUUCGGAUUGCAGUGGCAGGUUGGAAAGUGGGUGGAGGUGGUGAUAUUGAGCUCCCUACUAUCUGUGUGUUGUAGUUCUACUGUCUGUGUGUUGUAGUUCUACUGUCUAUGUUUUGUAGUUCUACGGUCUGUGUUUUGUAUUUCUACGGUCUGUGUUUUGUAGUUCUACGGUCUGUGUUUUGUAGUUCUACGGUCUGUGUUUUGUAGUUCUACUGUCUGUGUGUUGUAGUUCUACUGUCUGUGUGUUGUAGUUCUACUGUCUGUGUGUUGUAGUUCAACUGUCUGUGUGUUGUAGUUCAACUGUCUGUGGUUGUAGUUCUAGGGUCUGUGUGUUGUAGUUCUACUGUCUGUGUGUUGUAGUUCUACUGUCUGUGUGUUGUAGUUCAACUGUCUGUGUGUUGUAGUUCAACUGUCUGUGUGUUGUAGUUCUACGGUCUGUGUUUUGUAGUUCUACGGUCUGUGUUUUGUAGUUCUACGGUCUGUGUUUUGUAGUUCUACGGUCUGUGUGUUGUAGUUCUGAUAGUCUCCCUACUGUCUGUGUUUUGUAGUUCUGGCAGUAUGGGGAGUGGAUGGAGGUGGUGAUCGAUGACAGGCUGCCGGUGAAGGAUGGGAAGCUGCUGUUUGUCCACUCUGCCGAGGGAGGAGAAUUCUGGAGCGCCCUGCUGGAGAAAGCCUACGCCAAGUAAGGAGGGAGGAGGGAUGGGAGGAAAGGAGAAAAAGAGAGGAGAAGAGGGUGGUUAGAAGGAUUGAAAUGUAUAUAUGGGCUUUGCAUUUCUCUCACUCUGUAUAUGUUGGUAUGGGUUAUGAUAUCUGUAAGUCGCUCUGGAUAAGAGCGUCUGCUAAAUGACCAAAAUGUAAAUAAAAAUUACGUCGAAUUAUGUAAAAUGAUGUCUAUAUGUAUAUGUCCUGUGUGUAUAUUGUACAGAGAUUUAUGUUUUUAAAUAGUCUUUUGACACAGAGUUGUCCACCCUCGUUGCAGGCUGAAUGGCUGUUACGAGGCCCUGUCGGGAGGCAGCACGUCAGAGGGUUUUGAGGACUUCACAGGAGGGGUGACGGAGAUGUACGAGCUGAGGAAAGCACCCUCUGACCUCUACAGUAUCAUCAGCCGGGCCGUGGAGAGAGGAUCGCUGCUGGGCUGCUCCAUAGAUGUCAGUACUCAGACUUGUUAGAUUAUGUCAUAAACUCAUCAAAAAAAGAAACGUCCUCUCACUGUCAACUGCGUUUAUUUUCAGCAAACUUAACAUGUGUAAAUAUUUGUAUCAACAUAACAAGAUUCAACAACUGAGACAUAAACUGAACAAGUUCCACAGACAUGUGACUAACAGAAAUUGAAUAAUGUGUCCCUGAACAAAGGGGGGGUCAAAAUCAAAAGUAACAGUCAGUAUCUGGUGUGGCCUCCAGCUGCAUUAAGUACUGCAGUGCAUCUCCUCCUCAUGGACUGCACCAGAUUUGCCAGUUCUUUCUGUGAGAUGUUACCCCACUCUUCCACCAAGGCACCUGCAAGUUCCAGGACAUUUCUGGGGGGAAUGGCCCUAGCCCUCACCCUCCGAUCCAACAGGUCCCAGACGUGCUCAAUGGGAUUGAGAUCCGGGCUCUUCGCUGGCCAUGGCAGAACACUGACAUUCCUGUCUUGCAGGAAAUCACGCACAGAACGAGCAGUGUGGCUGGUGGCAUUGUCAUGCUGGAGGGUCAUGUCAGGAUGAGCCUGCAGGAAGGGUACCACAUGAGGGAGGAGGAUGUCUUCCCUGUAACGACAACAAGCUCAGUCCGAUGAUGCUGUGACACACCACCCCAGACCAUGACGGACCCUCCGCCUCCAAAUCGAUCCCGCUCCAGAGUACAGGCCUCAGUGUAAUUCUCAUUCCUUCGACGAUAAACGUGAAUCCGACCAUCACCCCUGGUGAGACAAAAACGCAACCCGUCAGUGAAGAGCACUUUUUGCCAGUCCUGUCUGAUCCAGCGACGGUGGGUUUGUGCCCAUAGGCGACGUUGUUGCCGUUGUUGUCUGGUGAGGACCUGCCUUACAACAGGCCUACAAGUCCUCAGUCUCUCUCAGCCUAUUGCGGAUAGUCUGAGCACUGAUGGAGGGAUUGUGCGUUCCUGGUGUAACUCGGGCAGUUGUUGUUGCUAUCCUGUACCUGUUGCCAGGUGUGAUGGUCGGAUGUACCGAUCCUGUGCAGGUGUUGUUACACGUGGUCUGCCACUGCGAGGACGAUCAGCUGUCCAUCCUGUCUCCCUGUAGCGCUGUCUUAGGCGUCUCACAGUACGGACAUUGCAAUGUAUUGCCCUGGCCACAUCUGCAGUCCUCAUGCCUCCUUGCAGCAUGCCUAAGGCACGUUCACGCAGAUAAGCAGGGACCCUGGGCCUCUUUCUUUUGGUGUUUUUCAGAGUCAGUAGAAAGGCCUCUUUAGUGUCCUAAGUUUUCAGAACUGUGACCUUAAUUGCCUACCGUCUGUAAGCUGUUAGUGUCUUAACGACCGUUCCACAGGUGCAUGUUCAUUGAUUGUUUAUGGUUCAUGGAACAAGCAUGGGAAACAGUGAUUUUAAACCCUUUACAAUGAAGAUCUGUGAAGUUAUUUGGAUUUUGACGAAUUAUCUUUGAAAGACACGAUCCUGAAAAGGGGACGUUUCUUUUUUUUGCUGAGUUUAGUUGUCACGUGCACAGGAUACAGCAGGUGUAAACAGUACAGGGAAGUGCUUACCCUGACCUUGUCUUCUGUCGCCAGAUCACCAGUAGUCAGGACAUGGAGGCUGUGACCUUUAAGAAGCUGGUGAAAGGUCACGCCUACUCAGUGACCGGGGUCGACGAGGUGAGCCAAUGACUGCUCUGGUUUGAGUGGCACUAAGGGGUCAAUUCCCCCAACUGCAUCAUGUGUUAGUGGAGUUCUGAACAGAGAGAACAAUAGUUACAUCCAUCUAAUUGGACACAAAAGACAGCAUUGAAACGAAUACUAAUGUAUCUACCUUUACAUCAAACAAAUUUCAAAUGACAUCAGUUUGAUUUACAAAAGGGUGGCCAUUUUCCCAGUUACUAUACAUCUGUGUAAUGCAGUAUCCCUCUCCAUCAGGUGGUGUACAGGGGGAAUAUGACCAAACUGGUCCGCAUCCGCAACCCCUGGGGAGAAAUAGAGUGGACUGGUGCCUGGAGCGACAAGUAAGAGACAGCAGCACCGCUUUACACCUCUCAUAUUACAUAUCAUAUAACUAGUGAGAGUUAUUUUCUACUACAGGUGUCAUAUUACAUAUCAUACUGUAUAACUAGUGAGAGUGGAUUUCUAUCCCUGUUGAUAUGGAAUACAGUCAGAAAUGUAUUUUCAUUGUGGAUCUUUUAGCUCCAGAGAGUGGGAGAGCGUGGACAGGUCAGUCAGAGGGCGACUCCAGAACCGCAGUGAGGACGGAGAGUUCUGGUGAGUGUGCGUGUGUGUGUAUAUUUGUUUCACCAAGGUCUGAUGGCCUCUGGGUAUGAUACUUGAGAGUAUGUGUGAGUUAUUGCAUCAUAUACAUUACAGACUGUCACUUCGUCUCCCUCCCUGCCUUCUACCUCUCGCCCUCUCCAUCCCUCCUCUCAGGAUGUCGUUCAGUGACUUCCUGCGUGAGUUUACACGUCUGGAGAUCUGUAACCUGACAGCAGACGCCCUGGAGGCCACCCAGCAGAAGAAGUGGAGCUCAGCCGUCUACCAGGGGGAGUGGAGGAGGGGCAGCACGGCCGGGGGCUGCAGAAACUUCCCUGGUAAGGAGGGAGGGAGGGAGGGAGGGAGGGAGGGAGGGAGGGAGGAAAUAAAGAAGUGGUACACAGUUGAUUAAAAUAUUUAUUCUGAUAACUUUUCCCCCCACAAUCCUUAGCCACAUUCUGGAUCAACCCACAAUUCAAGAUUGACUUGCAGCACCCCGACACAGCCGGCCAGUCAGAUUGCAGCUUCCUGGUGGCGCUGAUGCAGAAGGACCGGAGAAAGAAACGCAAGGAAGGCAAGGACAUGGAGACAAUCGGAUUUGCCAUUUACGAGGCAAGAGACCUUUUCUUUAUUUCUUUCUAUUGGGUUUUACAUAUCAAAGACAGUGUUUUGAGUAACUAGUAAUUGACUGUAUGUUUCUGUCUUUCUCUGUGUCUUUCUACAGGUUCCUAAUGAGGUAUGUGUGUUCUGCUGGCCAGGAUUAUCUUACAUUGGGUUGUGAGGUAACUGUGUAAUAAAUGGAAAAAUUUGUUGGACAGCAUAACUGUAUUUGAGAGGUAUUUAGUGCAUUAAAAACCUGUUGGACAGUGCAUUAACAACCUAUUGGACAGUGCAUUAACAACCUGUUGGACAGUGCAUUAACAACCUGUUGGACAGUGUGUCAUAGCUGAAGUGAAAUGUAGCCAAUAGGCCUAUAUUGACCUGCAUGUCUCAAAGGUCAAUGUAGCUUGUGCUUAGGCUCACAGCCAAUUGUCUCAUAUGGAGAUGCAUGGUAGCAUGCUCCGCAUUUCUUUGGUAGCGUUGUCCUCAUAAGGUCAGGGGUUAGAGGUCAGGGGUCAGAGGGUUCACCUCCCCCACAGUGCCUAGUAGGUCAGAGGUUAGGCUCAGCUAGAAGGGAUACAAUUAACUGAACUUCUGUGACGUGAACUAACUUGCGCACAGUGCUUUCCCUUUGUCUCUGUCCUCUCAGUAUGUGGGCAGGACAGGGGUUAGAGGUCAAGUGUUAUAGGUCAUUAAACAAAUUCACUCACAGAGCUUUCCCACCUCGCUAGUUAAAUUAGGUUCACCUAGUUUAACUAACUCACUCAUACUGCUUUCCCCUGCCCUUUGUCCUUAGUGUGUGGGCAGAUCAGGGGUUAAGGGUUAGAGGUUAGAGGUCAGGUGUUAGUGAGUUUACCUCCCUCACAGCAUUUCCCCCCUGCUCUCUCUGUCCUCUCAGUACGUGGGUAGAUCAGGCGUCCACCUGAAGAGAGAUUUCUUCCUGACGCACGGUUCCAGCGCCCGCUCUGAGCUCUUCAUCAACCUGCGAGAGGUGAGCUCUCGCUUCCAGCUGCCCGCCGGGGAGUACAUAAUCGUCCCCUCCACCUUCGAACCCCAGAAGGAGGGAGACUUCGUCCUCAGGGUCUUCUCUGAGAAACCAGCCAACUCAGAGUGAGUAAUAGGGAAACAGAGUGGUGAACAGGAAAUAUGAGAGGAUGGAGAUUAUGUACGGUAGAAAGGCGAUACAUUUGAUGUAAGGACAUUGAUACUAGUGUUCUUUUCUGUCUGUGUUAGGGAGCUGGAUGAUGACGUCACAGCUGAACUUCCUGCAGAGGUGAGUGGAAGAGACAAGGGCUGCAUCCAAAAUGUUUGAUAAAUAAGCCCAUACUGUAAUAUGCCGAUACCAGACCUACCAACAAGAAAGAAGAGUUGACGUUCCUCUGUAUCUCUGUUUCAGUCUCAGCUGGACGAGAGCCAGAUUGACGCUGGCUUCAAGAGUCUGUUCAGACAGCUGGCUGGGGAGGUGAGGAGACUAGGGAGGGGAAGUGAGGGGACAGCAGGGCGAAGGGGCUGAUGGGAAAUGUAGUCUUUCCUCAUCUUCUGUUUCUGUGCCUACAGGACAUGGAGAUCAGUGCCACAGAGCUGCAGACCAUACUCAACAGGAUCAUCAGCAAGCGUGAGUCCAUAGGAAUAGAAUUCGAACACAGUAUUGCGCUGUAUAUCUCUGUAUAUGUGAGUCUACUCGAGAUCAUUCACAAUCCUUCGAACUGAGACCCACACUGUCUGACUUUUCAGGCAGGAAUUCUAGUGGAAAUAUGUAAAGAUUUGGAUUUUACAGAUGCAUAUAAAUCAUCUCUCCUUCUCUUGUGCUCUCUCUCUCUCUCUCUCUCUCUCUCUCUCUCUCUCUCUCUCUCUCUCUCUCUCUCUCUAUCUCUAUCUCUCUAUCUCUCUCUCACACACACAUACAGACAAAGAUCUGAAGACAGAUGGAUUUGGACCAGAAGCUUGUCGCACUAUGAUCAACCUGAUGGAUGUAUCCUUGGUGUACUUCAAACAAAUGUUUAUACAUGACUAGUCCUCUUUGUCUGGUCUUUCGGCAUCUGUCUGGUCUCUCUGUCUGGUCUCUCUUUCUCUAUGACUGUCUGUAUAAACAGGGUUCCUUGACCGUGUCCUUCAGACUGAUGGUAGUGGUAAACUGGGACUGGCAGAGUUCCACGUGCUGUGGGAGAAGAUUAAACGAUACCUGGUGAGCUGAGCUAUAAAUCCUGUUCUGCUAUUCACUUACAUCAUUCUCUUGAACUGAGCCUUCGCUCUCGUCAUUAGUUCCUUGUCCAGUCUCAGUAGAGCAUUUCACUAGUUUCUCUCUCUGUCUUUGCCUCUCCGUCUCUCCUUGUCUCUCUCUCCCUCUCCUUGUCUCUCUCUCUCUGUCUCUCCUUGUCUCUCGCUCUGCCUCCUUGUUUCUCUCUCAUUGUCUCUCUCAUUGUCUCGCUCGCUCUCCUUGUUUCUCUUUCUCUCUCUCUGUCUCUCCUUGUCUCUCCUGGUCUCUCUUUGUUUCUCCUGUUCUCUCUCUCUCUUUUUGUCUCUCCUUGUCUCUCUCUCUGUCGCUCCUUGUUUCUCUCUUUCUCUCUCUCUCUCUGUCGCUCCUUGUUUCUCUCUCUCCUCUCUCCCUCUCUCUGUCUCUCUCUCCCCCUCUCUCUGUCUCUCUCUCACUCUCUCUCUGUUUCUCCUGGUCUCUCUCUCUCUCUCUCUCUCUCUCUCUGUCUCUCCUUGUCUCUCUGUCUCUCCUGGUCUCUCUUUGUUUCUCCUGUUCUCUCUCUCUCUUUUUGUCUCUCCUUGUCUCUCUCUCUGUCGCUCCUUGUCUCUCUCUCUCUGUCUCUCUCUCUCUCCUCUCUCCCUCUCUCUCUGUCUAUCCUUGUCUCUCUCUCACUCUCUCUCUGUCUCUCCUGGUCUCUCUGUUUCUCCUGGUCUCUCUCUCUCUGUGUCUCUCUCUCUCUCUCUCUCUCUGUCGCUCCUUGUCUCUCUCUCUCUGUCUCUCCUUGUUUCUCUCUGUCUCUUCUUGUUUCUCUCUCUCUCUCUGUCUAUCCUUGUCUCUCUCUCUGUCUCUCCUUGUCUCUCCUGGUCUCUCUUUGUUUCUCCUGUUCUCUCUCUCUCUUUUUGUCUCUCCUUGUCUCUCUCUCUGUCGCUCCUUGUUUCUCUCUUUCUCUCUCUCUCUCUGUCGCUCCUUGUUUCUCUCUCUCCUCUCUCCCUCUCUCUGUCUCUCUCUCCCCCUCUCUCUGUCUCUCUCUCACUCUCUCUCUGUUUCUCCUGGUCUCUCUCUCUCUCUCUCUCUCUCUCUGUCUCUCCUUGUCUCUCUGUCUCUCCUGGUCUCUCUUUGUUUCUCCUGUUCUCUCUCUCUCUUUUUGUCUCUCCUUGUCUCUCUCUCUGUCGCUCCUUGUCUCUCUCUCUCUGUCUCUCUCUCUCUCCUCUCUCCCUCUCUCUCUGUCUAUCCUUGUCUCUCUCUCACUCUCUCUCUGUCUCUCCUGGUCUCUCUGUUUCUCCUGGUCUCUCUCUCUCUGUGUCUCUCUCUCUCUCUCUCUCUCUGUCGCUCCUUGUCUCUCUCUCUCUGUCUCUCCUUGUUUCUCUCUGUCUCUUCUUGUUUCUCUCUCUCUCUCUGUCUAUCCUUGUCUCUCUCUCUGUCUCUCUCCGUCUCUCUUUCUCUCUCUGUCUCCAUCCCUCCACCAGACUGUAUUCCGUCAGUUUGACCUGGACAAGUCAGGCACCAUGAGUUCCUAUGAGAUGAGGAUGGCCCUGGAGGCGGCAGGUACAGUACAGUCCCUCCUUCCCUUAAACCCCAAUCUGUUUCUUUUGUAGUGCAUCAUCACUAUUUUGAUUUAGCCAUAGUAAGGACACCUGACUAACCGACAAUAACAUAAAAUAGAAAUUCAUACGUUUGACUUAUUGUUCUCUAUGAAAGCAUAUCUAGCUGGUUUAAACCCCUUUUAAAUGGUUCCUGCCUUUGUUCUUUCUCUGUCUGUGUCAUCAGGCUUCAAGCUGACCAACCACCUGUUCCAGCUGAUCAUUCUGCGCUACACUGAGGCUGACUUGACAGUUGACUUUGACAACUUUGUUACCUGCCUGGUUAGGCUGGAGACCAUGUUCAGUGAGUACAGUUAUCCAUCAUCCAUACGAUGUCCUGUAUAAGGUAUAUUUUACACUGACGUUUCAGAUUGGCCAAUGAUGUAUGAUCUUGAUCCCAAUGUUCAGAAUAGUGAAUGUCAUAUUCAUAUGGGUGCUUUACAUUUAGAUGAGUGUUUUAGCUGACUUUCAAUACUCUACUGUACCUACAGAAACCUUCAAGACGAUGGACACAGAUGCUGAUGGAGUCAUACAACUCAACUUCUUCCAG